UCACUUCUUCUAUACUUUUGUAGUUUAUGAUAUCAUAAUAUCUACAUGGGUCUUUUCAUAAGCAAAAUUAUUCACUAAAGAAUCCAGCAGUGUACCAAGGAACAGUACUGAAGAUACACAAAACACACAAACAUCUUUCAAACAUUUUUUUUAAUAUAAUUUUGUAUCAUGUUUUAACGUCAUAUUUGAGUGGAUAUCAAGACUUGUACACUACCUAGGUAGCUCUCUUCUCUCCUUGUAACAAGUUACGAGUACCAAAGUUAAGGAUCUCUGUAUGAAAGCAAUGUCCUGAAAACGUCACAUUUAAACUUAAAAUAAAGCAUUGAUACUUUUUACCGUUGAUUAACCCUAAAUACACAUUAGAACAACAAUCAACAACACAAGUACACAAGUAUCCAUUUCCACGACUAUUCCUCCCUGACAUCAGCUGCCCACAACAACAACAACAACAACCCAACGGCGAAGUCCGCCUCUUUCCAAACUCCAACAAUUCUUCGUUUGUUUCCAAGACUCUUGGCAUAACGACACUCACUACUCAUGAAAGGAAGAGCAGCCUGCAGUGUAAUCAAGGAUGAAUGAGAAGUGCAGUGAACGUCUUGUCGAGCUGUCAGCAUCUUGAAAGACAAAGUUGACGCUACACGUUCAUGAGGGAGAAGUGAACUGUCAACUUCCAAACAACACUAAUAAAUUGAAAGAAACAGUACAGUUACUGGACUUCUAAAAGGGUAAGAGAAGUAGUUUGAUGUGAGCCUCUCACUGGAGUGAGCAACCCCACUCUCAGCCAAGGAUGACUAACAUGGAGCGCUUCCGUCUGGUUACCAAAAACCAGCUCAACCCAGAGCAGAGACAGCUCUUCGAUCUCGUGCUGGCCACCGGCAUUACCAUCCACCCAAAGAUCUUCAAGGUGCUGAUGGACCUUCUGGCUCUGAAUGUGCCACCUCAUGCUAUUCUCAGCCUUCUACGAGAGGUGCAUGACAAAAUUCCUCAAGACAUGAAUGAAAAUUUCACUGCAUGGGACCACACUGAUGGCAGUCAUACAUAAGUGAACUCCAAGAGGUGAUGGCAUUAAUGGACUUUCACAGCUUAUAAUACCAUAACAUGUUUGUGGAGUUUUUAUCCUGCAUUCUUAGAAUGUGCAACAGCUGGAUUUUGUGACUUUUUGGUGUAUUUUCAAUAGUAAUUUUUCUAAUAUACAGUAUGUACAGUUGUAAAGAAGUAUAAAGGGAUGCUAUACUUAGUCACGAGUGUUGGCUUAAUGUUAGUAGCACCACCUUUGCUAGGUCUCACUCAUUAUGAUCAUGUGAUUAAUAAUCUCUCUCUCUCUCUCUCUCUCUCUCUCUCUCUCUCUCUCUCUCUCUCUCUCACACACACACACACACACACACACACACAUGCACACAAACACAUACAAAAGUACAAGGACUGUGCAAGGUAUACCAAUCUUUUUGUCAUUUAAGAAACUGAACAAGGUCCAAUAACCUGCAAGUUACUUUAAAAGAUGAAGUGAGGAAACUUGGGACCACCUCCUACAAUGAUGAAACAUUUUGCCUCUGCUACCUCACAUUUAAAAGAUGUCAGUUUGAUAAUUAGAUGGAUAGAUAUUAGGAUGUGGGAUUGUGAGCACUUCAACGGUGAUCAAAUGGCUCUUUAUUAUUCUGUUAUGCUGAAAGUUUUCAAUUUCUAUGCCCACUGUCAGCUUAGUUUGGGAAACGAGGUUAGGGUGAUGUUUCAUAAUUCAUGCGUGUCACAAGCAAAAAUUUCCUGGGUUGAAAGUUUGCGUUUUCCUUCUGUUGGUCUGACUUAUGCAUCUGAAGCAAAAGGAUGUUUGUGAUGAAAAUCAAAUGCUAUAGUCAUGAUGGGAUAUCUUGAAUUAAACUGGAUUUUAGAAGGAAGAGAAAACAUCACUACCCUUGAGUUGACCAUAAAAAUAGAAAGCAUUUUAAGAAGAUGAGUAGCUGGUUAGGAGAAAAUGCAUAUAUAUAUAUUUAACACUUCCUUAACAAACAGAUAAUGGAAAUUCAAAUAAAAACAGUAACCUUUACUUUUAAAUUGUCUUUUGUAAAUGUUGUCAACAAGCAUAUUCACUGUAGACCAAGUUCCAUACAGUCAGGAAAUGCUUGCUGAAAUGUUCGUUUUCAUACCUUGCUUUACUCACACUCCUUCACAAAUUUUGUCCUCAAAAAUGUUAGUUUGUAGUACCACUGUUAUUAAUGUUACUAUUUAAGAUUUUUCCUCUCUCUCAAAUGUAUCAUUAAAUAUUGAAUCUCAAUAGAAAGUGGAUCCUAAAGACUCCAUUUCAAGUGAUUGAGUGAGUAGAGUUAACCUUACAAGUGUGAAUGUAUUGUACUGGCUGAUGGGUUCUCACUGCUGUGUUAUCUUGUGGUGGUAAUGAUAGCUCGGGCCUCAGGAAACAAUAAUGUGCAUCUGAGACUUCCAACCUCAACAUAUCGCCCCAAAAGAGAGCUGAAAACAGAUAUUAGUAUCCAUUAAAACAUUAUACUUGCAAAAUAGAAAUAGUAGUGAAUAUUUAAGUUUUAGGUUGCUUUGAUCUUAUAGUUCAGCAGGCCUAGUGGCUUCCUCUUCACCAGGCCAAGCAGCAGCAGGGAAAUGGUAUGCCCACUAUGAAGGAUGCUGGUGCUACAUUAUUCAGCUUUUUUAUUUAUUUAUUUUUUUUUUUUAUUUAUUUAUUCAUUUAUUUAUUUAUUUUUUUUUUUUCCCAUAACCUUUAGAAACAAAGAAGAAAGCUUUAGACAGUGCCAAACUGAGGUUGCUUGAGGUGGUGCCAAACUGAGGCUGUUGUGGUCAUGGUUAUGCCAAGAAGCCAGAUGCACAGCACACCUCAAAAUUCUAGAAUAAAUAUAAUGUCCUAUUUCUACAAAAUAUAUUUAAUAAAAUAGAUAAUAUUAUUUUACUAUUCAAAACUUCUUAAUAAAACUAUUUUAUAUGUAAAACAAAUGCUUUAAAAAUGAAUAUAAAUUAUAUUGUUAAUACAAAAUGAGGUAUGGAUUUAUAUAAUAUUUUGUUUACACAGUAGUAUUCUUAUUUGAUUCCUGUGUCAAGUAUCAUUGUAUACAUGAGAGCCACUGCAAUUGUCUAGUUCACUGUAAACACUGUGGAAAAAGCUCUGGUUAUUUGUAUAUUAAAUGACUACAAAUAAUA